AAUAUAAAUUAUAAUAUAGAUUUGAUUGUAUCAUGUCUGAAGUAGAAUCAUCUGAGUCGAAGCCAAUUGUGCAGAUUGAAGAAGAAAAGAAAAUAGUUGAACCCGUUUCAGAAUCAACAACAAAAUCAGAUAUUGAAUCAGCCAUACCAACUGAAACAGAAUCAGCAUCCAUAGAUACCACAUCACAAAAACCACCUUCUACACCAUCAUCUCAAAAAGUCAUACUAACACUUGAACAAUUAGAUGAGAAAUUCCAACCUACCACUAUAGUAUUGGCCAAAGUUAAAGGUUAUCCAGCUUGGCCAGCAAUGGUAUUAGAAGAAUCGAUAUUACCAGAACAUAUAAUUGCAAAGAGACCAAAAUCAUCAAGAGGUCCAUCUACAAGUAAUGGAUCCACUGUAUCAUCACCUGCUAAGAAGAAAAGAGGUGCUGCUGUGAGUAUACCUUCUAAAGUUUUACCAGUUCGAUUUUUCAGUGAUGAUACAUAUAUCUGGAUUAAUAGUAAUGAUUUAAAACUUUUAAGUAAAGAUGAUAUUUCAGCUCAUUUUUCAAAUACUGGUGGUAAAAGAAGAAAAGAUAAUCUUUUAGAAAAAGCUUAUGAAUUAGCAAAUGAUCCACCUGAUAUGGAAUUAUUUGUAAAAUAUGGUUCAAGGGCAGCUCCACCUUCUGAACCUGAAAUUGAAGAAAUUGAAGAAGAAGUGGUUGAAGUAGUGAAACCUAAAGCUAAGAAAGCUAAAACUGCUGCAGCUGCUAAGCCAAAGGCAAAAUCAAAGGCAGCUAUUGCAGCAGCUGCUGCUAAAGCUAAAAAGGCUAAGGAAGCUCAAAUUGAAGCAGCAAAGAAAAAGGCAGCUCAAGAAAAGAAAUUAGCAUUAGAAAAGAAGAAACAAGAAGAAAAGAGAUUGUUAUCGGAAUAUGAUGAUGAUUGGGGAGUUGAAGACAUUAAUAAUUAUGAUUUUAAAAGUGGGAAUUAUAUCUUUGAUAAUGAAAAUGAACAAAAUAAUAUGUUUGGUAAAAUUAUACCAAAUGGACAAAAAUUACAAACUCAAUUGAAUAAGACACAAACUAAAUUUGAAAAAUUAAGUGAUAAAUUAAAUGAAUCAUUAUUGUUAAGUGAUGAUGAAAGAGAUGAUGUGGCCAAUGGACAAAUAUUAGAUCAAUUACAAGAAUUACAAGAUUUACUUUCAGAUAAACAUUUUCCAAAGACAUUAAUUUUAAAGAGUAAAUUAUUUAGGGUAUUAAUUUUAACUGUCAGAAAGUCUGUUGAUGAAUUUAAUGAUGAAUCUAUAAAGGAAAAGAUAUCAUCAAUCUUGAUUAAGUUUUUAAAUAUUGAAGUUGAGAUUAAUGAUGAUAAGAUUAAUAGUGAAAACAAUAGUACUAUUGCAAGUAAAGCUGAAUCACAAGAACCUGAAUCAUUCGUAAAAUCUGAAAAUGGUAGCACAAGACCAUCUACAGCUACGUAAUUUACGUAUAUAGUGUAGUAUUUAUAAUGUAUAAUAAUAUAAAUUCAUUUGAUGCAAAUUCAAG